CACAGAGAGAGACACAGAGACACACAGAGACAGAGAGACACACAGAGACACAGAGAGACACAGAGAGAGAGACACAGAGACACAAAAACACACAGAGACAGAGAGAGAGACACAGAGACACAGAGAGAGACAGAGAGACACAGAUAGACAGAGAGAGAGAGACGUCACAAUUGCGAGUGUUUAACAGCGCUACCUGAAGAUCCGAGUCGUCGUUUGGGUAAGCUAUGCCCGGCAGUCACUCCGCGUGUCACCCUUGCCCGUGGUGCCAGCAGAUUCACGAACGGGAUACCGACAUCAGCGCAAGAUGCUGCUGCUCUCCGCAAUCACAUUCACAGUCAUAGCCGGCGGGUGGCGUCUCCACGUGUCCCCACACGCCACGACCUGGCGGAGGGCUCGCGACUACUGCCGGGAGGCCGGCGCUGACCUGGCGGUCGUCACCGGCGCCGGGCUCAACGCGAGACUCGCGUCCGCACUGGCGGCGGAGAGCGACGGCAAGUUCUGGAUCGGACUGCGGAAGGUGGGCGGCCUGCAGUGGAGAUGGAUCGACAAUUCCUCCGCCGACGGAUUCCUGAACUGGGCCCCGUCCGAACCGAACAACCUCGCCAGAGAAGACUGCGUCGAGAUGUACGUGGUGAGGGGAGGGGCCGGCCACGUGACGGGGGACGACCACGUGACGAGGGAAGGGGCCGGUCACGUGACGGGGGACGACCACGUGACGAGGGAAGGGGCCGACCACGUGGCAGUGCGCCACGCGAGGCACGGCCGCUGGAACGACGAACACUGCGGCAAGAAGAAGCGAGCGCUCUGCGUGAUAGGACCAGCCGACACAACAGCUGAACCUACAACAGCUGAACCUACAACAGCCAAACCUACAACAGCUGAACCUACAACAGCCAAACCUACAACAGCUGAACCUACAACAGCCGAACCUACAACAGCUGAACCUACAACACCUGAACCUACAACAGUCAAUCCUACAACAGUCAAUCCUACAACAGUCAAUCCCACAACAGCUGAACCUACAACAGCUGAACCUACAACAGCUGAUCCUACAACAGCUGAACCUACAACAGCUGAACCUACAACAGCCAAACCUACAACAGCUGAUCCUACAACAGCCAAACCUACAACAGCCAAACCUACAACAGUUGAACCUACAACAGCCAAACCUACAACAGCUGAACCUACAACAGUUGAACCUACAACAGUCAAACCUACAACAGCUGAUCCUACAACAGCCAAACCUACAACAGUUGAACCUACAACAGCUGAUCCUACAACAGCCAAACCUACAACAGUUGAACCUACAACAGCCAAACCUACAACAGCCAAACCUACAACAGCCAAACCUACAACAGCUGAUCCUACAACAGCCAAACCUACAACAGCUGAACCUACAACAGUUGAACCUACAACAGUCAAUCCUACAACAGCUGAUUCUACAACAGCUGAUCCUACAACAGCUGAACCUACAACAGUCAAUCCUACAACAGCUGAUCCUACAACAGCUGAACCUACAACAGCCAAUCCUACAACAGUCAAUCCUACAACAGCUGAUCCUACAACAGCUGAACCUACAACAGCUGAUCCUACAACAGCUGAUCCUACAACAGCUGAUCCUACAACAGCUGAACCUACAACAUCCGAAGAACCUACAGCAGCCGAUCCUACCACAGCUGAUCUGGAUGUGUCUAUGGCAGGGCGCAGGAGGGCGGGGGAGAGGGCAGCAGCUGCCGGGGCAGCCGCUGUGCUCGCCACGCUGGGGGGGGGGGCAGCGGGGCUGGCGGUGGCGCUGUGGAGGAGGAAGAAAGGUGCCUGUGACUUGGAGAGGCGUCGGACCAGUGAUCAGCCACACACCGAGACGUUCACGGAGCGAGGGGAGUGGAAGUCGUCACCACAGGAGGCUGGGGACUUUGUGUAGACGGAGACUCGCGGAGCCCAGAGAGAUCUCACCGCGAGACGUCGCAGUAGAAGUCGAGAGUCCGACCACGGCUGGAACUUGUAGCGAGUUCACACUGGGACCGCGCCCCACGUGACCCUCCUGGAAUCUCACAGCCUUAGGGGUCGCAGGUUCGACUCCCAUACAGAGGCCUCGUCCAAUACAGAGGGCUCGUCCCAUAUAGAGACCUCGUCCCAUACAGAACCCUAGUCCAAUACAGAGCCCUCAUCCCAUACAGAGCCCUCAUCCCAUACAGAACCCUCGUCCCAUACAGAACCCUCAUCCCAUACAGAACCCUCAUCCCAUACAGAACCCUCGUCCCACACAGAAGCCUCGUCCCAUACAGAACCCUCGUCCCAUACAGAACCCUCGUCCCAUACAGAACCCUCGUCCCAUACAGAACCCUCGUCCCAUACAGAACCCUCGUCCCAUACAGAACCCUCGUCCCAUACAGAACCCUCGUCCCAUACAGAACCCUCGUCCCAUACAGAACCCUCGUCCCAUACAGAACCCUCGUCCCAUACAGAGCCCUCGUCCCAUACAGAACCCUCGUCCCAUAUAGAACCCUCGUCCCAUACAGAAGCCUCAUUUGAAAACUUGAACCGUUAUUAAAUCGUAAUAAUAAUGAAAUAGUAAUGUUGUAACAGAUAACUACUUGAAUAAUAUUUAAGGUAUUACAAUUCAUUGUAUAUUUAUUUAUCCUGUGAUGCGUAAAGGCGGUGGUGAUGGUGGAGGUGGUGGUGGUAGUGGUGGUGUAGGUGGUGGUGGUGGUAGUUGUGGUGUAGGUAGUAGUGGUGGUGGUAGUUGUGGUGUAGGUGGUGGUAGUAGUGGUGUAGGGGGUGGUGGUAGUUGUGGUGUAGGUGGUAGUGGUGGUUGUGGUGUAGGUGGUGGUGGUAGUUGUGGUGUAGGUGGUGGUGAUGGUGUAGGUGGUGGUGGUAGUUGUGGUGUAGGUGGUGGUGGUAGUGGUGGUGUAGGUGGUGGUGGUGGUAGUUGUGGUGUAGGUAGUAGUGGUGGUGGUAGUUGUGGUGUAGGUGGUGGUAGUAGUGGUGUAGGGGGUGGUGGUAGUUGUGGUGUAGGUGGUAGUGGUGGUUGUGGUGUAGGUGGUGGUGGUAGUUGUGGUGUAGGUGGUGGUGAUGGUGUAGGUGGUGGUGGUAGUUGUGGUGUAGGUGGUAGUGGUGGUGGUAGUGGUGGUGUAGGUGGUGGUAGUAGUGGUGUAGGCGGUGGUGGUGUAGGUAGUGGUGGUGGUGGUGUAGGUGGUGGUGGUGGUAGUUGUGGUGUAGGUGGUAGUGGUGGUGGUAGUUGUGGUGGUGGUGGUGGUAGUUGUGGUGUAAGUGGGAGUGAGAUCACCAACUCUGCUCUAUUGCUAAAUCGUCACUCUGUUGUCAGGACCGGCAUUACGUUGUGAUCAUCGUGACUUAAGUUAUUGGAGUCGUAUUUAAUCGUAAAUUAUGAUGUUGUAAAUCUCGAAUGUGUCUUGGCCUGGUAGGAUGGGGAUGGUUGAGUGUUGUAUCGAUUUUGUGUCUGGGUGAUUUGUUUACCUUGAUUGUACUUUCUGUGAGUCAAGAGCUUUAAAGCCCAUCGGAUUCCUCCUGCAGAAUAAAUAAAUAUUCUGAUUCUGACUGAU